AUGGCAACGGAACAAACCAACCUCCAGAAGGACCCAGUAACAGGCGAACUCGUCUCCAAGACUGAAUUAAAGCGUCGGGAAAAAAGCAGACAAAAGGAGGCCGCCAAAGCCAGCAAGCCAGUUGCCCCACAACAGAAAUCUAAGCCCUCCGAGGAUGACCUCAAUCCAAACCAAUACUACGAGCUACGAUCGCGUCAAAUUCUGGCAUUAAAGCAGAGUCAAUCUCCCAAUCCAUACCCUCACAAGUUUCACGUCACCAAGUCAAUAUCUGACUAUAUCAGCAUUUAUGGACCUGAAGGAAAAAUUGCUGAGGGGACAAAGCUUGAUGGUGUUCGAGAGUCGCUUGCUGGUCGUGUGCACAACAUCCGAGCCAGUGGGUCCAAGCUGGUAUUCUACGAUCUCCACGGCGAAGGCCAAAAGGUUCAAAUUAUGGCCAGUCAGCAAGACGCUGCCGAACCUGAUUCAUUUACUGCCACCCACGACCUCUUCAAGCGUGGUGAUAUUGUGGGCGUCACAGGCACUCCUUCACGUACCAAGAAGGGGGAGCUCAGCAUUUCUCCGUCUACCAUGAUACUUCUCUCGCCCAAUCUCCAUCAACUACCUUCGGCUCAUUUCGGUCUCAAGGACCAGGAAACGCGUUACCGCAAGCGUUAUCUCGACCUUAUUCUCAAUGACAACACCCGCCGUCUAUUUAUUACCCGCAGCAAAAUCCUUAAUUACAUUCGUCGUUUCCUCGACACUCUUGGUUUCAUGGAGGUCGAAACGCCGCUUACCUCCUUGUCUGCUGGCGGGGCUACCGCCAAGCCGUUCAUCACGCACCACAACGACCUCGACCUCGAUUUAUACCUGCGGAUAGCACCAGAACUCUAUCUCAAAGAGCUCGUUGUCGGUGGCCUUGACCGUGUCUACGAAAUUGGACGAGUCUUCCGCAAUGAGGGCAUCGAUCUCACUCACAACCCCGAAUUCACCAUCUGCGAGUUUUAUAUGGCAUAUGCAGACAUGGAGGAUCUUAUGGACAUCACGGAAGGAAUGAUCGAGGGACUCGUCAAGUUUCUGACUGGUGGCGAGACAACGAUAACCUUCCAUCCAGACGGUAAUAAGGGCCAAGAAGGUGCAAGAGAAAUGGUGUUAGACUUCCAACGGCCAUGGAAGCGCUAUGACAUGAUAGAGACGCUGGAGGAAAAGCUUGGUGUCAAGUUCCCUCCAGGAGAGACACUCCAUACUGCGGAGACAAAUGUUUGGCUUCGUGAGCUAUGCGUCAAGCACAAUGUAGACUGCAGCGAGCCCAGAACGAAUGCACGAUUGCUGGACAAGCUUGUGGGAGAGUUUAUCGAGCCUUUGUGUGUGUCGCCCUCGUUUAUUGUCGGACACCCUCAAGUUAUGUCUCCCCUCGCCAAGUGGCAUCGCUCCCGUCCAGGUCUUUGCGAGCGCUUCGAAGGUUUUAUGUGUGGGAAAGAGUUUUGCAACGCCUACACAGAGUUGAAUGAUCCAUUCGAACAAAGAUUGAGAUUCGAGGAGCAGGUUCGUCAGAAGGACCAAGGAGAUGACGAGGCGCAGGGCGUCGACGAAACCUUCAUUGAUGCGCUAGAGCACGGCUUGCCCCCGACAGGUGGAUGGGGACUGGGAAUCGAUCGGCUGGUCAUGUUCUUGACCGACUCAAACAACAUCAAGGAAGUGUUGCUCUUCCCAGCCAUGAAGCCCCUCGACACAGCAGCAGCGCCUGUGGACCGGGACCCGGCUGCCGCAUCAUAA